AUGGGGAUUCCCCUCCGGUCUCUCCUCGUCGCCUCGCUCGUCCUCAGUUUGGUCGUCUUGCAUGUCGCAGCGGCCAAAACUAUAGAUCCCUACAAGGCGAGUAAUUUUUGCGUAUUAUUAUUACGUAUUCCUUGGUUAGUUGUUCUAGGAGUUGACAAGAAUGCCAGCCAACGGGAUAUUCAGAAAGCCUUUCACAAGCUUUCUCUAAAAUACCACCCUGACAAGAAUAAAGGCAAGGGUGAGCAGGAAAAAUUUGAAGAAAUAAACAAUGCAUAUGAGAUUCUAUCUGAUGAAGAGAAGAGGAAAAACUAUGACCUCUACGGGGAUGAGAAGGGUAACCCCGGGUUUGGUGGUGGAAAUUUUGGAAAUCAUGGGCUAUACAUACUUUGGUGGUGGCCCCAAGUCCAGUCAUUUCACAUCUGUGGUGGAAACCCCUUUGGUGGUGGUUUUGAUCUUGGUGAUGUUUUCUCGAACCUUUUUGGUGGUGGAUCAAUGGUUUCUAGCCAUUUUGGUGGAUCAACUGGCUCAGCUAGAGCCAACACUGGAACUUCUGGUCAGCAUUCUGGCACUGCCAAGAUUCAGGAUAUCACGACACAAGUUUUCAAUAAAGAAGUAGCUGACCUAGGAACUACUUGGCUUCUGUUAUUUUAUACACCCCAAUCAAAAGGUCAAUUUGUGCUAGAGAGUGUCAUGCAGGACGUUGUCCAUUCACUGGAUGGCGCUCUGAGGGCUGGUAAGGUCAACUGUGACAAUGAAAAAUCUCUUUGCAAAAGGUCUGGUGUUUCAAUAGGGAAAUCGGCCGGCCUCUUCAUCUGUUCAUAUGCUACUACAGAGAAAGGAUCUUUGCAUGAGUAUUCUGAAGAACAUGAUGCUAAGAGCUUGAAGACAUUUUUCUCAAGAACACCUGCCAAGAUUCUCCAAACGGGCCUUAACAAUUUCUCUGCUCGACAUGGGAAAACUUGGCACAUAGCAUACUCUGAGAUGUCAAUUGGUGUGGGGUGUAGUUACUUCUGGGCAGUUCAUGAUGUUUCUCAUCCGCUGCUCAAAAGUCUUGGCGUGAAGAAUCUUCCAGCUGUAAUUGGCCGAACCGUGAAUGGUGAGGAGCUCCUUCUGAAGGAUGGCAUUUCGGUGAAAGAUCUCAGAUCUGGUAUCAAGGAAUUGAAGACGCUGCUAGAAAGUUUUGAGAAGAAGAAUAAGAAGCUGUCAUCGAAUCAAGCUAAUAAGAAACCUUCCAGUCAAUGGGAAGAAAACAAGGUUCCUCUCCUCACAGCUUCCAACUUUGAGGAAAUCUGUGGAGAUAAGACUUCAGUAUGCAUCAUUGGUGUUUUCGGGUCAAACAAAGCCAAGGGACAGCUUGAAACAGUCCUGUCUGAGAUAUCUAAGAAGACUCUGAUAAGGGGGCAGAACUAUAAUUCCAGAAACGCAGUCUCCUAUGCUUUGUUGGAUAAGGACAAACAAUCUGCAUUCCUGUCAUCGUUUGAUAAGUCUGGAUAUAAGUCAUCUGACAAGCUGCUCAUCUCCUACAAGCCUCGCCGGGGGAGGUUCGCGGUGUACGACGAGGACGAGGUGACACUGGAAGAAGCUGAAAGUCUGCCUUGCGACUUCUGA